CCUGUAUGUACAUCGUGUUCUAAACAAUGCGCUUUUUCAUCAACAACAAAAAAGUCACGAGUCGUUCAAAUCACAAAUUGUCACGAGGCGAGUCGAGGCGGGUCGCCCGUUGCAAAAACGGAAGCUCCAGUGAUUCGCAACAGUGUCGCGUACAAACGUUAAAAUUGUCUCGGUUGAAAAGCGCGUGCAACGAUCCCGAUCGACGUGCUCCCUCUCGAACGCGUGACGAGCGAGAAAUCGCAAACCGUUGGUGAUCGGAGGCAAACGUCCCGGCGCAGAUUAACUGUCAACAGUGUCAUCAGUGUCAUCGAGCCGCGGUAGCCACCGGGUGACGUAUGACUCCGAGUUAGUACGCAGACAAUUUGCGGCUGGCAACCGAGCCCGCAAUGGCGAUGUAAUCGUCGCGCGUCGAUUCUCCUGAGUCACGGUUUGCUCCCGCGAGCUCGGGUCUCGUUGGGUCUCGUUCUCGAUUAAGCGCACGCCGAGCCACCGUCGUGGUUGGAAGUGGGAGAGGAGGUAACGACCACGCCGCCGCGCGGUUCGACGAGCGCCAUGAGCACACUGUGGAAACCCUGGCCGGAAACCUUGAAGGCGGAAUCGACGGGACCGGCGAUCAUGAAGAGUCUGGACAGCUGUCUGGACCACGACUUUGACGACCUACCCGAGUUCGCUCCGUUCAAUCCGUUUACCAUGAAGAAGAAUUCUCUGGUAACCUCCUGCACCAAGUGCCAUAACAACAACAACAAGAGUUUCCUGCUGCUCGACGAGCAGGAGAUUUUGCAGGUUUCCGAUGUGGAGGAGUUUGUGAGAAAGUUGAACUGCACGGACAACGACACAAAAGUCAAAGUCGUAUCGAUAUUUGGUAAUACGGGUGAUGGCAAGAGCCACACCAUGAACCAGGUGUUUUUCAGGGGCGAGGAGGUAUUUCAAACGUCGAACGAACAAAAUUGUUGUACGUUGGGCGUCUGGGUGGCGUUCGAUCCAAUUCUCAAUGUUGUUUGUUUGGAUACGGAAGGUUUACAAGGUGUUACAAAUUCUGAGAACGAUCGGAUGAGAUUGUUACUCAAGGUACUCGCGAUCUCCGACAUCGUGGUUUACGGAAUCCAUUCUGAAAGGCUGAACAGGGACAUGUUCACAUUUUUUGGUACCGCGUCAUGUGCUUACAGUCAUCACUUGAAAGCUGCCUUACAAGCGAUAGGACAGAAGGAGGGAAACUCUACCUCGUUGAGCAAGCUCGGACCAAGUGUCAUAGUGCUGCAUGAAACCAGACACACCAAACCUUUGAUCAACAACGGAUCGGAAAGCGCGGAAGACAUCCUGAGAGAAAGAUUCAACCAAAUGAACCAGAAGAUUGAUGCUUUUAACUCUAUUAAAUACAUCGGUUUGCAAACGGUGAAUGAUAUAACGGAUUACGAACAAUUGCGAUCCGCUAUUAUGAACGAAUUGGCCAACACGACGGUUCGUUCAGCUAGAAAACCCCACCUGGUAUACAACAUACUUAAGAACCUGAACGACCAGUUAUCUAGCGAGACAGAGAGCGUUUCCAAUACUUUAUUCCCGGAUCAGUAUUUUACUUGUCCCGUCAAAUGUCUGAGCUGUGAGAAUGGCUGUAAUAACAGUAUGGGACAUCUUCGUGAUGGAAAACCACACAGUAGCAAUACCAGGUGCAAGUUCCAAUGUCAAUAUGAAAAUUCAAUAUACAUAUGCAAAAAGUGUUACAAGAAUGGAAACGAAGUUGAGGUGAAUAGGCGAUACUAUGAGGAAAAUCAGAAUAGCUGGAUUAGUUUCGCUAAAAAUGCCUGGUCAGGAUAUGUCAUAGAAUGCCCGCAUUGUGGAGAGAUCUACAAAAGUAGACAGUAUUGGUACGGCAAUAAUGCAGAGGACAUCGCCAUACGCAAGAAGAUCACGCACGUGUGGAAUUCAUCGAACCGUUCUAUAGCUCCUCAGAAUACAGCACAACGGGUUAUCGACAGCGUUUCGUACAUCACUGAGGCCGUAACGAAUGUUUCUCUGCAGCCGACGAAAGCGCUAAAAGCCUGGGCCGCGGAUCAGGUGGCGCCGUCCUAUUGGCGAUCGAACAACGAGAUAAAACAAUGUCAUCAGUGCAAAAUCUCAUUUAGCCCGACAGACGACAAGCACCAUUGCCGCGAUUGCGGAGAAGGUUUUUGCACGCAGUGCUCGUCAAAAACAAAAUGCGUACCUAAUAGAAAUUGGUAUUCGCCGGUUCGGGUUUGCGACGCGUGCUAUGAGAAGGAGACAAACGGUUCCAGUGACGACUCUCUCGAACCUCCUGUCGAGGACGUCGGCGUGCGAAAAGUGACGGAGCAUGUGGUGUCGACACUUAGUGCUGUUGGAACAGUUUUCAAUUAUUCUAAAUCAUUCAUAAAGGAUUCUGUUCGACCAUCUUAUUGGAUACCGGAUUCGGAAGUGGUUAGCUGUUGCGUUUGCGAACGGAAGUUCUCCGACAUGCUUCCUCUACAUCAUUGUAGAGCUUGCGGACGUGGGGUGUGUCAGGAAUGCUCGCAACAUCGUAAGCCUGUACCUCAUCGGGGAUGGGAUCAUCCCGUUAGAGUAUGCAACGCCUGCGUUUGAAGUCGUUUGCCGGCGUACAUCAAGGGAAAUAGAAUUCAAUAACAUUGAUCUUGGUAAAAGAAGAUAUUCACUUGAAACGAAACAAAUCUCAUUUCUUUCACGUUGCUUUUGUAAGAUAAGUAGACGUUAUACUUGACUGUGAGUAUAGAAUAUCAUAGAUUUGUACGGCCAAAUUCCGUAGUUGACUGACGUAGUUUUUUGGACGGACUUUUUAUUGUAAUUCAAAUUUUAACUUUUAAAUUCUAAAUAAAAUUUUUCAGUUUGAUAUUUUUUUACUUCCCACAAUUUUUCUAUUUUUAUCUCUAACGAUGUAAAUGACAAACGCAGCUUUAUGAUGAAAAAUUUCUGAAAAUGCAAAUUUAUUAUUUAUGUAUUUUCAAUAUUAAAUUAUAUAAAUAAUGUUUUAUUUAUAUAUUUAAUAUCUGUAUAUAAUAUUGAAUGAGAAUUUAAAAAAAUUUUUUUUUUUAAUUUGAAUUUGAAAACAAGAAAAUUAAAUAUUUUUUAAGUAAUUAAGUGAUUAAGUAAUAAGAUAAACGUUCGAGGAUAUAUGUCUGCAAUAUAUCCAUUAGGACGUUUACCUUAUAUACAUUUGUAAAUUUUAAAUUGUUAGAAAGUCAAACAAAAGUUUGUCUGAAAGCUGUCCCUUGCUUAACUCGGUUUUUAUAAUUAGGAGAUAAUUUUAUAAACAUAUAGAUGUACAUAAAUGUAUGAAUGUGCCAUAAUUAUGGUUUUUUUUUUUUUUAAAGCAACUUCCCGAAGUGUAUUAAAGACAUAUGAUCAUUUUUGUUUGAAAGCAAUUUUUGAAAGUGUAUUAAAAACAUAUGCUAACUUUAAUAUACAAUUUUAUAUCUCUGAAAAAUGUAGAUCAAGAUUACGCUUAAAGAUUGUUCGACGGAAAGCAGGUUAAAGAUUUAUGUUACCGAUAGUCCCGUAUGUAAUGCACGUUAGCGAUUUGUACAUAUGUAUAAUGUUGUGAUCUUCUGGUAUCAGUGAUUGAUAGUUGUAUGAAAGAGAAUCAUUUACAAGAAAUGUAAAUCUCGUGGCUGUGACAAUUGUUAAACUGGCAUAGUAUUUGAAGACGCGUAUUCGCAAGGCAGCGGAUACGCGAUAGCGCGUCUUCAAAAGUGGGAAUUGUUACUUUUAUUUUAAAUAAAUUGAAAUGAAUACCUUUAUUUUGUCCUGUACAUUACGAGCUGCUUUAAAUAAAGAUCGAAUUCUUAAAAAGUAAA